AUGUUGGAAUGUGUUGAUGUUGAUGGUCUCAAGAGCAUCCGCAUUCCGCGCUCAAUGCGGCAAGACCUGACCCGAUGCAAACCUAGGUCAAUUUGCACAACGGCUAGAGGGGAAAAUAAAUUUGCAUUCCUAAUGAUACACCAUGAUGUCAUUCUAAAACGUAGAAAUGAAGUAGGCCCGAGGGGCCCAUUUCUCACUAGCACUGUGGUCGACACAGGUCAAUCACCACACAAGCCGCUCCAUACAGCUGGCAUGAAACACAUUCACCCGUAUAUGCGAUUUGCCCAACCGAACCGGUCACCGCCGCCCGUUCUCUCAGUUAGCUGUAUUGGCUCUCCAGAUCUGCCGGGACUCCGCACUGUCAGAGAAAAUGAAGUCAGUACACAUGUGGAAUUUAGUGAUAUCAACAACCGAGCUUACCCCAGGCAUAAAUACCAUGCAGUAUACACCAUCAAUUCUUGGCAUGAACCUCGAGCUCAGAAGCUCAAUCAUAUCGUUACUAGAGCAGCAAUGAAGAAAGAUGAGAAGGGCAUUUUGAGAACGUUUUCCAGUGCCGGCAUUUGGCGAAAUGACUACGUACUCUUAUUUAUAGGCGUGAGAGUUUACUUAUUCAAGUCAUUCAGAUCAUACAGGAACCUAGUCGACGUCACACCACGACAGGUCUACGACGAACUCAUAUUAGGCUCGUGUCGUUACUCUACCUUUCACCCGUAA